GGCCCACAACGGCCACGGCACAAUCUUUUUUCACGGCACAAAUAUAUAUAUUUACACGGCACAGUUAUAUAUUUCCACGGCACAGAUAUAUAUUUCUCGCGGCAAACUUUCAUAUUACUCACGGCACUUUUCAUAUUACUCACGGCACACUUCCAUAUUUCUCACGGCAAACUUUCAUAUUUCUCACGGCAAACUUUCAUAUUUCUCACGGCAAACUUUCAUAUUUCUCACGGCAAACUUUCAUAUUUCUCACGGCAAACUUUCAUAUUUCUCACGGCAAACUUUCAUAUUUCUCGUUCAUUGUGAUAAUUCCCAUGUGGUUAUUAAGCAAUGAUGGAAGACAGUUCAGAUGAAAAUGAGCUCGUUGCAAGGUAUUUUAACCAAGGGUUUCAAUAUAGAGAGAUAUGUGCCAUGCUUUCAAGGAGGAAUGGAGUUAGUAUCAGUGAAAGAACAUUGCGAAGAAGACUGGCGUUACUUGGACUGACAAGACGAAACUGUCGAUACAAUAUCGACGUGGUUAAAAACACUUUGAUAUCGUUAGGAGAUGGACCAGAUUCAUCUAGGGGCUAUCGUGCAAUGUGGCAUCAUUUACGGAUGAAAGGCAUCUACGUUCCAAGGACAAUUGUAGAGAACUUGAUGCGCGAAAUCGAUCCCGAAGGAAUAGAAGUGAGAAGAGCUCAUCGCUUACGUAGAAGGGCCUAUGCUAAUGCUGGUCCAAAUGACGUUUGGCACUGCGAUGGCUAUGACAAAUUAAAACCCUAUGGGUUUCCUAUCCAUGGAUGUAUCGACGGUUGGAGUAGAAAAAUAAUUUGGCUUUACACAACCAGGUCAAAUAAUCUUCCUCAAAAUAUAGGUGCCUACUUUCUUGAAGCAGUAGAUGAAAUCGGAUGUCCUGCUCAGCUUGUUACCGACCUCGGAACAGAAAAUGGGCUUAUGGCGGGUAUUCAGUCUUUUUUUCGCAAUGACAUUGAAAGUCACAAAUAUGUGCCAUCCCCAAGAAACCAGCGAAUCGAAGGGUGGUGGUCUUUCUUUCGAAGAAGUCAUUCAACAUGGUGGAUAAAUUUCUUCAAAGAUCGGUGUGGUUCUGGGGAAAUAAAUCUGGGAGAUGAAAUGGCAAAGGAAUGUUUAUGGUUCUGCUUUGCUAGCUUACUGCAGCAGCAGCUGAAUAUUGUAAAAGAGCACUGGAACACCCAUUACAUUCGUGCUUCUCGUUUUGAUACAGUGCGAGGUAGACCCGAUUCAUUAUUUUAUUGGCCUGAGCAACGUGGUGGUCAGGUGCAGUUGGCCCUCCCCGUCCCAGAAAAUGAACUAUCUUAUGCAAGAGAACAUCUUAUUGAAGGUGAAUCCUCCAAUGAUUAUCAAGAAUACUUUAAGUACUUGGCAAACCUUUUGCCAAUGGAAGACCCAAGGGACUGGAGACAAGCAUUAAAUCGCUACCAUCAACUUAUGAAUGUUGCAACCAGCGGUAAUGACGAAUGAUCACAUCCACAAACACAAAAACAGUUUCCACAAAGAUACAAUCAAAGUAAUAAAAUAUAUAUUGACUGCCAAAAGGGAAGCACACUCAGCAAUGUAAAAUCGUUUCGAGAAUAUUAACUUCAUAAACCAAUGACCAUUUUUUUCUGUCUGAGACCAGAAGAAACUUGUUUGGGUUGGGGGGGGGAGUAACGGGAAAUGGGGGUUGAUAAAUCUACAAAAGAGGAUAAAAAAUUUAGAAGAAUAUAGUGUCAUAAGGUAUUCUAGCUCAAAAUCGCUCAAAUUCAAGAAUAAUUCAGAGCAAUGGUCGGCUCAAGCUAAUGAUUUGUGUUUCCAGAAAUCAAGACCAGCGAUUUUGAGAAUGGACAGUCUUUAGCCCGUAGCGGUUUUUUGUUUCAAUACCAUAUUCAUUGUUCUGUUACAUUCUUGUUUUGUAUUGUGAUGAGGAAACUCAUCAUUAAUGAUUUGAAUUCGUUCAUUAGAUUUUCAGGGGAAUUUACACGUUUUGUCGGUCAUGACUAAUUCAAGAAUAAUCUUAAUUAAAAUGUGUAAAGUGGUCAGAAGGCUCCAGGCAGUGGAACGGUAGUGGUUGAAUUUGUUUUUUUGGGGUGGGGUGGGGGGUGGAUUAAAGGCGUUGAUUUCCAAAAAUUUUCUACAAAGUAGCCAAAUUUACACUUGGUGCUUUAAAGAGGCUUUGGUGUAGGUAAUAAUGAACGAGGACUUUUUUGGAUUCCAUUAGAAUUGUGUUCUCCAGUGUCCUGAUUUAAAAACCUAUAUUUUGAUUUUUCUUUCAGAUAUAAUUCUUUCAAUUCAAAUUGAUAUGGGAAAGAUCUGGCUCCAAAAAGCCUAAUCUAACUAUGGAUAGCUCACUCUGUUUUCUCUCUCAAUUAA